UACAGAAUAAACAUGCCAAGUGGCAACUACCAUUAAUGACAAACAGGUGGCAACGCUAUAUUGCAUAUAGACGUAUCAUUCGCCGGCUUUAUUUACAAAUAAACAAAUUACAAGUAUGCCGAAAAAUACAGGUUAUCGCAACAAUAAUAAUGCGGCGCGAAAACGUCAGCCCCAACUGGAUGAACAGAAUCCCGUUGUGCAAGCGUUUCGCAACUAUGCCAGUGAAUUGGACGCCAAACACGAUCGCCAUGAGCGGAUUCUUAAACUAAGCCGUGACAUUACAAUCGAAUCGAAGCGCAUUAUAUUUUUCUUGCAUUCCAUUGAUGCGCGCAAGCAGAACAAGGCCAAAGUGCUCGAAGAAGCUCAACAACGUUUGACCAAGCUUAUCGACGUAAAUUUCCGUGCUAUUGCUUUGGAGCUGCGCAAUCAGGAUGUUUUUCAAUUUCGUGCCGCAUACUCGCCUGGCCUGCAGGAGUUCAUUGAGGCGUAUACCUAUAUGGAAUAUUUGUGCAACGAGGAGAGCGGUGAGAACUCGAAGUCAAUAUCAGACUGGUCAGCUUUGCAGUCGAUCAUGCAAUAUGAAGUCGAAGCUGAGAAAGAGAAACCCGUACCAGACGUGGGAGACUCGCCCACAGACGGUGAACAGACAGCUGGCAAUACUGUAGAAAAAUUCCAGUUUUACGUCGAUCCUACUGAGUACGUUUUGGGUGUUUCGGAUUUGACGGGCGAACUGAUGCGUCGUUGCAUCAACUCCCUGGGCAGCGGGGACACAGACACCUGCAUGGAGACCUGCAAAGCACUGCAGCAGUUUUACACAGGGUAUAUCAGUUUGAAUUGUCAGCGUGCCCGUGAAUUGUGGCGCAAAAUAACGACAAUGCGGCAGAGCAUGCUGAAGGCCGAAAAUGUUUGCUACAAUGUGAAGGUGCGCGGCGGCGAGGCAGCUAAAUGCGCUAGUUUUGAUCAAAAGCCAGCAGACGAUGCCGAUGAAGGCUUCUUUUAAAAUAGCAUAUUCAAAACAUUCAAAGUUCAUGAGCAAAAUGUAUGUUAUUAUUCAUUUUAAAAUAUAUAACAGAAAAACACGUAAAUUGCUAUAAUUGU